UGUCAUAGCCAGUGGAAGCCUACCUAUUCCAGCAACCCCUUUACUUGCCACAUGCAACGCUGUGUUUGGGCACAUAUGUAUGUACACUCAUAACCGUCGCCUAGCAACCACCAAUAAAUAUUUGCAUUCCCACUGGCGGCACAUAAACAACAUUCUCAGUAAGCUUUGAGUCAACAACUGCAGAAAACAUUUCACAAACCAUUGAAUACUCUUGCACUUUAGAAUUAACAAAUAAAUGCAAUGGUCACAGUGGAGUGAGAGGCACAUUUGCAUCGAUUCCCCCAAUUUAAUGGGUUCAGCACUUCGAAAAAUCUGUGGUUGCUGCCAAAGAAGAAAAAGAAAUAGCGUCGGUGCAGUUCCCGAAAAACAUCUGAAAGUUUUGCUACUGGGUCUGAUGGGCAGCGGCAAAUCCGAACUUGGUCACUUGCUGAGCCGCCAACAACGCCAAGACUACGAGCCGACAAACGGAGUGCAGUACUUUCGAAUGCAACUCCCCGACCGACACUUGUCCCUCACAGAGGUGGGUGGUAAUGUGGAAAUGCAAAAAAUAUGGCAUCAUUACUUCCUUACAACGAUGGGACUCAUCUACUGUUUCGACAUGUCGGCCUCCUUUGAAGAGCUUCAGAAAUCCUUCGACUGCUUUCGAAACACUCUGAUGCAUCCGUACGUGCGUGGCAAGCCAGUCCUGCUCGUGGGCACCAAAGCCGAUUUGGCGGACGAAGGCGUGCAGCUGUAUGACAUUGAGAACGCUUUCCUGCUGGAAGCUCUCGCCAAGUAUUACCACAGCAGUGCGCACGUAUGCUACGUCGGCAAGAGCAUCGAGCUGACCAGUGUGUGGGAUGGAGUGGCGUGGCUUAUUAAGUAUCUCAUAGAUAAUAUGGACCGGCUGCAAGCGAGAAUUAAAAUCGACGCCAAUACGAAGGUAACCGAAUCAGUGUAA